AUGGUCGGUGGAUUAGUAGGCGGAAUAGCUGGAGGAGUGGGUGGAAGUUUAUUCACAGAAAAGGUUGUUGACACGAUCUCUGAUGCUGCAGGAUAUGACAUAAAAAUCAUGUUAUGCAAGAAGUGCGAACGGCUUUACAGAUGCCGAGUUUAUCUCGAUGGGAAACUUCGCUUAUGUGACUACUGUAAAAUAGAAUGCAGUGAGAAAGAACAAGAAAAAAAGUAG